UGAAUGAAAGUACCAGAAUAACUGUCUUUAUUGAGAUUUUGGUUAGACAUUUGGAAGACAAUUAAAGGGGCAAGGGGGGAAACACCCGAGAUUUCCAAAAAGCGCUUUCCCAAGUGACACCGCUACGCGAUUGAGACGAGAAGGGAAUGGGAUUUAUUUACAAGCUGGAAACGGGUCCACCUGUCGGAAUUGAGCGAAACUGACAGUGUUUCAAAGAAAAUGUACUUCUGACGAUCGGAGGACACCAGAAGACAGGGCGCGUCAGAAGAAGAAAAGCGCGGGAGUGACUAUCACUAAAAGCUGUAUGAGGUGUCGCGCGGACGGGCGCUUCACGCGGGGCGAUGGAGAUGCUGAUGCACUGGAGACCUGGAAUACUUCUGUUUAUUACCUUACUGUGGGUCUCUCCAGGUGAUUCUCAACAGGUGGAGAUUCCACGAAAAGACAUGGAGGUAGUCAUGGGCCAAAUGGUUGUUCUGGAGGCCUGGUACACCCCCACUUCUCCCAUAGAUAAGAACACAGUCAUCUGGAACUUCAUGGCCAAUGAAUCCAAACAAAUCAUCUCCUACACAACAGGACAGAUUGGCAUGGGCAGCACUGAGUUUCGGAAGCGGGUGGGCUUUGCAAUGUCCAUGCCCUCCGCCAACCUGUCUAUCUACAUCAACAACACACAGGAGUCGGACUCAGGACGCUACCUUUGUAAUGUUAUCAUCCCUGGAGCUCCAGGACUUUCUGGGGAACUACGCCUCAAUGUUAAAGUUCCUCCGUCCACUCCUGUGUGCUCUAUGACAGGACAUCCUGUAGUGAGUGGCAAUGUAACACUGAGCUGUAAAUCCAGCUAUGGGAAACCUGUUCCUCAGUACAAGUGGACCAAAGCAGCUCCUCUCUCUGAAGUUUUCUUCUUUCCCAUGCAAAAGUGGAGGUCCUGCCCCCAGCCUGUGCUUGUGCUGGGCUACAUGGAUGAAAGGCAAGGCACUCUUCGACUUAGCAACCUCACCAAAAGCAUGUCUGGCAAGUAUGUCUGCCAUGCCAGCAACACAGCAGGGACUGAUAGCUGCCACAUCAAUUUAGAGGUCUCCACCCCUAACAAUGCCUGGGUCGUCGCUGGUGCCACAGUGGGUUCAGUGGUGGGACUGAUGGCUCUUGUCUUAUUCCUGAUUUUUAUCCUGAGGAGAAACCAUGACACAGAGGAGGAGAUGGCCAAUGACAUUAAGGAAGAUGCUCAGGCACCUAAACGGGUUUCCUGGGCUAAAAGCGGCACAGGAUCAGACAUCAUAUCAAAGAACGGCACGUUAUCCUCCAUAGCCACUAGUCCUCCUCCGCAGGACCCUCACCAUCUGCCCAACAACCAUUACCCGUAUCCUCCAGGUGCCUCUGACACUGCCUCCAUCCUCACAGCCUCUGGGAGUACCACCACCUUCCGACUCCGCCUUGGAGAGCCCAACCCACUUCACGGCCUGCCUGGGUACAAUGUCAGCAGCACGCCCAAUCACAUACACCUUCAUCGCCUUCAGCAUAACCCUCAUCGCCAUCACAGUCCAACAGUCCUCAUCCCUAACAGCUGCUCCACACACAGGACUGAGGGGCCCAUGCCACAGGCCCCACGCUCACUCAACAUGCCUAUAAACACUGCCACUCUGUCCCGCAUGGGUGCUGUGCCAGUUACGGCGCCUGCCCAGAACCAUGUAGGUUCACUGGUUUAGGACACAAAUUGACUUAUUUCCUCAGACAGUAGCCAAAAUUGUUUGAGGAAAGGUUUUAACAAUGGUGAAGAUAUAAUGGUUAACAAUGGAAAUAUAUCAGAAAUAGACACUUUUUUUAUAUAUCAAAGAUUAAAAUAAGUACAGUAAAUCUGUUAAGAAACCCUUUGGUUUGUUUGAUAAUGGGUUAUGUGUUGUGUUUUCUACUGAGUAUAGUUGGUUUUAUGAUGCCUAAACACUCUGAACUUAUUCUUAUUAUUUUUAUUUAUUUAUUUUUCCUCCCAACUUGGAAUGCCCAAUUCCCAAUGCACUCUAAGUCCUCAUGGUGGCGUAGUGACUCGCCUCAAUGUGGGUGGCGGAGGACAAAUCUCAGUUGCCUCCGCGUCUGAGACCGUCAAUCCGUGCAUCUUAUCACGUGGCUUGUUGAGAGUGUUACUUCGGAGAUAUAGCACGUGUGGAGGUUUCACACUAUUCUCCGCUCAUCCACGCACAAUUCAUCACGUGCCCCACUGAGAGCAAGAACCACAUUAUAGCAACCACAAGGAGAUUACCCCAUGUGACUCUAUCCUACCUAGCAACCGGGCCAAUUUGGUUGCUUAGGAGACCUGGGUCACUCAGCACACCCUGGAUUCGAACUCACGACUCCAGGGGUGGUAGUCAGUGUCAAUACUCGCUGAACUACCCAGGAAACAGUUAUAUUAAUACAUUCAGAUUUAUCCUGUUUUUUUACUUGUUGUUCGGUUAAAAUUAUGACAAUACUCGAUUAGUUCAUCUUUAGCAGCGCCUGUUCUUGUGCCUCUUUUUGUCUCAGGAGUUUUCUCUCUUGUGGCAUGUUUUUCUGUCACAGAUUUUACAGAUUUCUGUGUUUUUUUAUUGGAAAUGUGAAAUUUUUGAAGAGGGGGGGAAAACAACUUUAAAAUAGAUACAGCAAAGACCCAUGAAUAUGCUGUCUUAAAAUAUCUUAUGAUAUAAAUGCCAGAUAUUGCAAUGCUCAUAUAAUGGACCAGAAAUCCCUAAAUCCCGUAUAAACUUAGAAUAUUUGAUAAUGUAAGUUCCAUGGCAGUGUACAUUUAUUAAUUUGUGUGUUCAUGAUAAUGUACGAACAUCUAGCCUUGUGGUUUAAUGACUUGAAUGUUAGAGGCAGUGUUUUCUAUUGCAUUUGAUAGUUUGAUAUUGUGUUAAUACAGAAUGUUCUGCACACGUGUGGUGAAUUGUCGGAUGACGAUAUUGUCUGUUCUGUAUUUAAGCCUUUUCCACUCACUUUACUUUUUAUUUGCAAUUGGCAUUAUACAGAUUUUAAAGCAUUGUGCUGUAACUGUCCACAUGAUGGAAACAGUUAGAUAAAAAAAGACUUAGGAUGAAAAAUGCCUCAGUGAGGUUCAAGAUAAAUGUUAAAAUGGUGGUAUUUGUUUUGAUCACUUGCCAUAAUGUUCUGAUUAUUAAACCAAUAUUGUACUACGUUUUAUAUCAUGGUUGAUUAAAGAGUUCAAUUAGCCCAUUAAUUUUAUGUACCAUUUAAUUGGCCAUGCCAGUAAAUAAACUAAAUUAA